AUGGUGAACGAUUUACCAGAAGUAAUAAGAGUUGCUAGAUGCCUUCUUUUUGCGGACGAUCUAAAAUUACUCCUGUCAAUCCAAGAAGUGGACGACUGUAAACGCUUGCAAGAAAAUAUAGAUAGAUCCUCUAUUGAUAUAGAACAAAUAAGAUUAGUCACUGAUGCUGGUCAUAUAUACCAUAUUUUAGACGACGAAGAAAAGGAAUAUAGAAUAAUCGACCACUAA